GAAUCGUUGACCACUACAAAGAAGUGACCUAUUGCCCUACACUAUCACUUCCUUUCUCUCUCCUACUGUUACUCUUCCUCUGUGAACAACCAUGGCGGCCACCCACCUUCUCUCUCAAUCCACAACUCUCAAUCAAACCCCUAACCUCUCUUCUAAACCCAAAACCCCUUUUCUUUCAAACCGCCUUAUCACCUUCAACAAACCCUUUUCCCCAAAACCCUCAAUCACCUUCAACAAACCUCUCUUAACCCCAAAACCCUUGACUCUCAAAGCAGCUGUUUCCCAAAACGCUGCAACAAUAGAGCCCCAAACUAGCGAUUUCAAGCAUUGUUUCUCAAAAAAAGAAGAUGGGUAUUUGUAUUGUGAAGGGCAAAAGGUGCAAGAUGUUAUGGAAAGUGUUGAAAAGAGGCCAUUUUAUUUGUAUAGUAAACCCCAAAUUACUAGAAAUGUUGUGGCUUAUAAAAAUGCUCUUGAAGGGUUGAGAUCAAUUAUUGGUUAUGCCAUUAAGGCUAAUAAUAAUGUCAAGAUUUUGGAACAUUUGAGGGAAUUGGGUUGUGGGGCUGUUCUUGUUAGUGGUAAUGAGCUCAGGCUUGCUUUGGCUACUGGUUUUGAUCCCACUAAGUGUAUCUUCAAUGGAAAUGGGAAGACAUUGGAGGAUUUAGUCCUUGCUGCUGAGAGCGGUGUAUUCGUGAACAUUGACAGUGAGUUUGACUUGGACAACAUCAUUUCAGCUGCUAAAAUUACAGGGAAGAGGGUGAAUGUAUUGCUUCGAAUUAACCCUGAUGUUGAUCCUCAGGUCCAUCCUUAUGUUGCUACAGGGAACAAGAACUCCAAAUUUGGUAUUAGAAAUGAGAAAUUACAAUGGUUUUUGGAUGCUGUGAAAGCUCAUCCUAAUGAGCUAAAGCUAGUUGGAGCUCAUUGCCAUCUUGGAUCAACAAUCACCAAGGUGGAUAUAUUCAGGGAUGCUGCUGUCCUUAUGGUAGACUAUAUAGACCAAAUUCGUGACCAAGGUUUCGAGAUUAGUUACUUGAACAUUGGAGGUGGUCUGGGAAUAGAUUACUAUCAUGCCGGUGCUGUUCUUCCUACACCUAGAGAUCUUAUUAACACAGUGCGUGAAUUGGUCCUCUCACGAGAUCUCAACCUUAUCAUUGAACCAGGAAGAUCACUUAUUGCUAAUACCUGUUGCCUAGUUAAUCGUGUCACUGGUGUCAAAACUAAUGGUACAAAGAAUUUUAUUGUGAUUGAUGGGAGCAUGGCAGAACUUAUCCGUCCGAGUCUUUAUGAUGCUUACCAACAUAUAGAGCUAGUUUCUCCAGCUCCAUCAGAUGUAGAGUUAUUAACCUUUGAUGUGGUUGGCCCAGUCUGUGAGUCAGCUGACUUCUUGGGCAAGGAGCGCAAACUUCCUACUCCACAAAGUGGAGCUGGAUUAGUAGUUCAUGAUGCAGGUGCCUAUUGCAUGAGCAUGGCCUCCACCUACAAUCUCAAGAUGCGCCCACCAGAAUACUGGAUUGAAGAAGAUGGAUCAGUUGCCAAAAUCCGCCAUGGUGAGACAUUUGAAGACCACAUGAGAUACUUUUCUGGUCUCUAAUCAUUAGUCGGUGAAAUGUUGCCAUCAUCCAACUUGAAGAGGAUUGAGUACUUGCCUGUUGUAGGGAAAAUGAUGUAAUCUAUUAGAUAAGCAUUUGCCUGGAGAUUGCUGCAUGCUUUGUAAUAUUCACAGUAUAUUAGUGUUCUUUUUUCCAGUUUAUUGAGAGCACUGAUGUACUUCGGCGUAAUUGAAAUAUUUUGCCACGUUUUUCCCCCUCCCGUCCUUUCCUUAUUUCCCUGUUCUCUUCUUCUUGUGUUACCGGAAGGCAUUUGCCUGUAUAUGGUGUUUAGUUGAUUAGUUCAUCCGUAA